AUGGUCGAUCUCCUCGUCGUUCUGCUGGUCUUGCUCGUUGUGGCGGUGCUCCUUGUCGCCGGGCUGCUCUAUCUGCGCGCGCGACGCAGGGCACGAAAGGCACAGACACUGCCUAUGUACGAUGAAAAACGAUUAUCAACAUCAUCCACCGCUUCCACCCACCGCCGCGUCAUGGUCCGCCCAGCGGAAUCGAUAUAUGUCAUUGAAGAGAAGGGCUUGAUGGACGAUGCCCAAAGCCCUCCGCCAAGCCCGCUCCCCGAGAUUCGCAUCACCUUCCCCGAGGAAAUCGACGCUGCUGGCAAAAGACAGUCAGGUCGUGUGGUGGUCGUCCGGGUUGGCGAUUCAGGAGUUGGUCUGGAGCCCGUAGAGACUCUGCCAGCAUAUCAGCAGACCGAAGGCGAACGCUUCCAGUCGCUGGACCUGGAUCGCAUUGGAGGACUUGUCGAAAAGGCCAGAAAUGCGCCCGGCAAAGAAUUCCAAUAG